AUGGAAAAGCCGGCUGCUGAAAAUGAUGAUAGUGGAAGCGUUAGCCUAUUGGUUAUUGUUUUGGACACAAAUCCCUCCCAACGUAUAGUGCGCCAAAAUCCAGACAAUCUAUCACAAUGUUUGGAUGCAACAGUGGCAUUUGGAAAUGCUCAUCUAAUGCAAAAGGCACAAAAUAAAUUAGCCGUGAUAUCCUGUCAUCAUCAUGCAACAGAUUUCCUGUAUCCCAUGCCUGUGAAGCAAUUGGAAGUUCGCCAAGUUGAUGGUCAAUAUGAAGUUUUCAGUUUGGUGGAGAAAACCGUAAAGCAACGGCUCAGUCAUAUCAUUACAAAUGCCCCGAAAAUAACCCAACCCAAUGAGAGUCUUUUGGCGGGAAGUAUGUCAAUGGCUUUGUGUUAUGUGGCCAGGAUGCAACGAAAUGCCCAACCUGGUGUGAAAAUUAAUUCCCGCAUAUUGGUAUUGACGGGUAGCAAUGAAUGUGCUUCCCAAUAUAUGACCUAUAUGAAUGUUUUCUUUACCGCACAAAAGCUCGGCAUUGUUAUUGAUGUUUGUGCCCUGGAUAAGUCCUUAAGUUUGCUGCAACAGGGUUGUGACAUUACUGGUGGUCAAUAUUUACGUCUAACCCAGCUGGAUGGUUUAUUACAGUAUUUGUUAUGGGUAUUUCUGCCAGAUCCUAAAACAAGACAAAUGCUUGUUUUGCCGCCACCCACAAAAGUCGAUUAUAGAGCUGCAUGUUUUUGUCAUCGGGAAAUGAUUGAUAUUGGUUAUGUUUGUUCGGUGUGUUUAUCAAUAUUCUGUAAAUUUAGUCCCAUAUGUACCACAUGCCAUACUGUCUUCAAAGUACCUGGUCCCUUGCCACCCAAACCCAAGAAAAAGAAGAAAGUGUAAAUUCAAACUCAUCACUCUCAACACUCUUUUUAAUUAACAAUUGAAGUUUUAUUCAGUUCUUGUGAUUUUACUAAAAUACAUUGGUCCAAAAUUUGCUGGCAAAUAUGGCAAAACCAUUUGUCCAUAUUUAAGACUUUUUGGAUAUUCAAAACGAUAAA